AGUGCACACCUUCAGACUAUGAAAGGGAGUACUCGAAAGGGGACGAUGGGAAAUGCUACCUGCAGUAUCGGCCAAGCAACUGCCAGGGAGGGCAGGAGUCGAAGCGAAUCCCGGUUGACCUUCUCUUCUGCGAGCUGAAGCCCGUCCCAUGCACAGAAGCCAACGUGAAGAGCAUGUACCUCACGUGUGACUACAUCCGUGACCCAUCCACCAACCAGCAGCUCUCCAAGACUCGCAUGAUCCAGGUGGUGUAUUACUUUGACAACCAGUGCAACCCUGCUGCUCGCGGCUCCCUUGCCCUUCCAAACAGCGACUACAUCCCAUGCGACACACGCUGUGGUCCGGGGAUGUUCCUCGAAGGCAACAACUGCCACAAGUGCCCCGCAGGCACGUACAGCAUGGGAGGCGGUUUCCGCUACGAUGCAUUUAAGAACCUCGACCCCAAGGUCUUUCAGACGGAGUGCUCCUUCAACAACGCCACAGGCACGUUCCCCUGUGAGGGGUGGUAUGCAGAGGAGGGGCAGCUGAAAGUGGGCUCCUACGACCCUGCCAACUACUGGCUCGAGGAGGAGUGUGCAUAUUUCACCAACAUGACAUGCCACAACAACCUGCAAUCCAUGCUCAAGCUGCCCCUCACUCUCGUCAGGGAUGGGUACGUCACGUUCCGCUUCACAGUGAGUUCAGAGAGGCAGAGGGACGGACUCGUGUUCUAUAUCGACGACCUCAACACCCCCGCCAUGCUGCUUGCUUACAAUCAGUUCGACCCCAAGGAGGUGCGCUUCCCACUGGCAGCGGGCAGGCACACUCUUGUGUGGGCCUAUGUCAAGGACUCGUCCUUCACACAGGGCAGGGACUCUGCUGCCAUUCAGUUUCUGGAGGUGGACGGCACGGCAUACACCGACUCAACCUGCCUCAAAUGCCCUGCAGGAUUCUUCAGUGGGGAGCAAGCCACCAACUGCACAGCAUGCCCUCCUGACCACAUCUCAGCAGAGAAUUCGGGCAGGUGUGAGGCGUGCAACAGCACCACAUACGCCCUCACCAUGCCCCGUACCCAGUGCACCCCGCGCCCUCUGUGCAACGUGACAGUAGACGCCACGCCGACCUUUACACCCUGCUCGGCCUCCUCGCGCACGCGCACGCGAGUGUGGUCAUGGCUCUCCCCUCAAGUCUGCCAGCCCGACCCCUCCCACGGCCUCCCUCCCAACUCCACCGAGCCAUGCGAGCCAUGCCCGUCAGGGCAAUACGCGGUGGUGGAUACUGCCUCUGACACUCUCACCUGCACCUUCUGCCCCUCUGGCACAGCACGGAAUGCCUCAGAAGCAUCAACAGUGCCACCACUCCCCACUCCAGGCACGGCUGCCCCUCCCCCAGCAGCGCCCUCCCCCACAUCGGACGAAACAUGCCACCCAUGCCAGCCUGGCGAGGUGGCAGUGAAGGUGCUCCUGCUGGAGCAUUUCCAGAACGUGGAGGACGGGAAGCUUCCUAGCGGCUUCCAGACGGGAUGCAGUGGGGAGUGUGGGUCGGGCGGGUGGCGGGUGGUGGGUGAUUAUCUCGACUCGGGGUCGAAUAACGGCAAGACUGCCUCUGUGUGGCUAGCACUGACAGUGAAUCUCUCCAUCCCCGGCUACAUCACGUACGACUUUGACGUGGACAUCCCUCCUGGUGACCUGCAGCGCGGCCUCUUCUUCUAUGUGGAUGACAACCUGCUCGAGAACAUUGAGGAUGGGGGCAGCGUGGGCGUGAGCGUGCCUGUCGGUCGCAGCAGCAGCCAGCAGUGGCCCUUGGCAGCAGGCAGCCACCGCAUCAUGUGGGUGUGGGUCGCACUCAACGCCGAUCGCACCCUCGUCGACCGCUCCUCCGCCAUCCUGCACAGCGUGCGCGUGUGGGGUGCGGCACAGGGGGGCUCGCCCGGGUGUGUGCGCAUCCCUGCAGGCGCGCAGAAGGGACAGAGUGGGGACGCGUGGGAGGAGUGCCCUGCAGGGUACUACAGCGAAGGAGGGGAAGGGCUGUGCGAGAAGUGCCCCGCCAACACCUUCAAUCCCAAGCCAGCGGGCAACCGCACAGCCUGUGAGCCCUGCGGCCCAGGCACAACCUCCCUCGAAGGCAGUGCAGAGUGCGCCAUAGGGGACGUCACCUCGCCCUCCUCCUUCUGCACCUUCAUCGUGCGCUCCUUCAACUCCACAGACACUCUGCUCUACGACCUCUCCCCCCUCGCGCACCAAAACCUGGGGCGCCUCGUGGGGCCGAUUUAUGAGGGCCCUUCCUUUGUAGACCUGCAGAAGGGGCCCAAAUACUAUGUGUCGGUGUGUGCUCGCAGCAACAGUGACAACCCUGUGUAUCGGCCUGGUGUUUCCUCUAGUGCUGCUGGGGGUGCUGCUGGUGCUGGCGGUGGGGCAGCUGGGGGCGGUGGUGUGUGGAGUGGUGAUAGUGGUGCUGGGAAGGGGGGCGGUGGCGGCAAGGGAGAGAGAGCCAACACAACGUAUCCGUGCAUCAUGUACACGGGGAAGCCGCUGAACAACACCUAUGUGUGCCGGAUCAACCCGAGUCUGAACGAGCACAGCACCGCCACAUCAGCCCACAGCCUGGGGGACACAGUGGCGCUGGCCCCCCUGGGAAGCUUUUCGCAGCCGCAGCUGCAGCGGAGAGGGCUGGUGAUGACAUUCCAUGGGGAGAGCUGCCCGAUGUCUGAUGCCCCCAGCACCUUCAACCUCACCUUUAUUUGCGACCCUGAGGCUGGCUACGGCCACCCAGAGCCAUGGACGGAGGGGGGCAAGAAGGCAGCUCUAGACCCGAAUCUGUCAUAUCCCGCGUGGGCCAAUCGGUCGGGGGACGUAAUCCCAGUGGGGCGAGAGGCGCCGGUGUCGUGCCUGUUUCAGAUGGUGUGGUACACGGCGUAUGCAUGCCCGCUGUGCACCGUGCUAGAUAUGGAGCCUGUUGCUGUGGCGAAUUGUAUCGACAACAAGCGCUUCACGUACAAGUACAAGACUCCACGGCUUUGCCAGCCAAAUCCACAGGUGCCCUUGCCCCCUGAUGAGUUCUGCCCGCCUUGCACUAAGGACGACUACCAGAGAUUCGAGGACUCGUGCACCGAUGCCAACGGUGUGCACAACGUAACAUAUAUCUGGAAGCUUCCGAAGACUUGUAACGAGGAUCUCCCUGGGUCGGAGAAGCUUCCGGAAGGGACACUGGCGGGGGUUUGCGACAUGGAGGUGAAAUACAUUGCUUCAAGUACUUUGAGCCCUAAGUACAUGGCCAUUUUCGCGCUUGGAGGGCUGGCGAUUGUCGGGCUUGCGGUCAUGACGAUUAUGACAUGGCUCAAGAGCCGGAAGAUCUACAGGGAGUAUGAGAGGCUGUGCGAGAAUGCGGAGCAAGCUGAGGAGAAUGAGAUGGAGGAAAUGGAUGGGGGUGAUGAGGACGACGAGGAUGAGCAUGAGGAGGCACGCUUUCCACUGUUUUCGCUGGUCCUCGUUUUGUGUUCGCCGUCUGUAAGCGCUCAGACAUCGCGAGCCGGCUGCGAUAACAGAGUGGAAAUGGCCAAGCUCAUCGUGUACGCGGGAAACGUCACGAUCAGAGACGACAUCCUUGCUCUCACUGCCAGAUUCGGCCCGGGCCUCCCCAAGACCAAGCCUGAGGCUUACUCCUUCUUUCUUGCUAAUACGGAGCCCUUUCGCGCCUGCUUCCAACCCGUGCCUCCUCUCCCCUCAGGUCAGGCAGUGUUGGUGCAGCGAGGAGAGUGCAGGUUCGCUUCCAAGGCCCUCCGCGUGCAACGCCUGGGAGCAGCUGCUGCCAUCAUCGUCAACGACGAAGAAGAAGGUAUCGUUUCCAUGAGCUGCGAACCAUGGGAGUUGAUUGAUUCCCUUGUGACUAUACCGGUGGUCAUGAUCUCCAAGUCGUCAGGAGAAUAUCUCCGUCUUGCCCUCGCCACCUCGCCCUUUCCUAUCUCCGUCUCCCUGUACGCGCCUCCGAUGCUGGAUCCGGAAGUGCUGGUGCUGUGGGCGCUCGCGCUGCUGUCGCUCGUGGGCGCGUCCGCGUGGGCUGCCGCGGAGGAGAAGGCGGCGCUGGAGGGGAGGAGUGGCGCGGGGCAGUUUCUGGCGGACCAGCCCCAAGGCGACCCGUCAGGAGCGAACGACAAGUCAGCGGUGACAGAAGUGGGGUUUGUGGUGAUAUUGGCCGUGAUGCUGCUGCUGCUCAUGUACCACUUGUCAACCCUCGCCUUCUACAUCAUCGGCUCGCUCUUCGUCGUCACUGUUAUCUGGUUGCUCCACGUGUGCCUCUCCUCGCUCUUCUACUGGCUCUUCCCACUCCCGUCUCCUCGCUCCUCCUGCUUCUCCCGCUCCUUCUUCCUGACCUCCCUCGCCCUCGCCAUCUCCUGGGCCUUCUUCCACGACGACGAGCCAAACAAUUGGGGGGCACAGGAUAUCCUGGGCGUCGCGCUGAUGAUCACGGUGCUGCAGGCAGUGCGUCUGCCCAACAUCAAGGUGCCGACAGUGCUGCUCUCCCUCGCGUUCUUCUACGACAUCUUCUGGGUCUUCAAUGUGGCAGCAGGGGAGCGCACGUGGGUUGAGGGCAUACCCAGUCUGUUCAAGGUGCCAAACGUAAUGGCCCGCCAGGCGGGAUACUUCAUACUAAGCUUUGGGGAUGUGGUGCUGCCAGGCCUGCUCGUUGUCUUCACCAGAAGAUAUGACUGCAUCGCCAAGAAGUUGGGCAUAGAUGGUUAUUAUCUGCCUGCCAUUCUCGGCUAUGCAGUGGGCUUGCUGCUCACCGUUGUUGCUCACCCACACAAUGAAGCAACACAAAUGUUUCUUCUCACGAACGGCAAUGGACAUCCAGCGAUGCUUUACCUUGUCCCUUGCACCCUUGGAGUGGUAGUGCUCUUGGCAUGGCGACGAGGGGAGCUCGGUACACUCUGGAAUGGAAAGGAAAGCUCCGCACCCAGGGUACCUGAGGACAGCUUGGAAGAGCCACUGGUUGGACCUACGACGCCGCGACAAGGAUGCGAUAACAGCGUGGAAAUGGUCAAGCUUGGCGUGCACGUGGGAGGCAACGCCGCGACCAUCAGCGGCGGCAAAGACCCUCAAAUCCUCGCUCUUGAAGCCAGCUUCGGCGCGGGCCUCCCCAAGACCAAGGCUGACGCGCUCUCCUUCUCCCUUGCGCAGAUGCAGCCUCUGCUCGCCUGCUCCGACCCCCUGCCUCCUCUCCCCUCAUUCCAGGGCCAGGCAGUGUUGGUGCAGCGAGGAGAGUGCAGCUUCGCCUCCAAGGCCCUCUGCGUGCAGCGCCUGGGAGCAGCUGCUGCCAUCGUCAUCAACAGUGAAGAAGGCCAAUUCCUCCUUCAAGCCCUCUCCAACGCCUCCGCCUCCUCCCCCUCCGCCUCCCCCUCCGCCUCCCCCUCCGCCUCCGCUUCCCCUGUCACCGUAUCCCUGUACGCCCCCCCACGCGCGCUGCUGGACGUGGCGGAGCUGGUGCUGUGGGCGCUGGCGCUGCUGUCGCUCGUGGGCGCGUCCGCGUGGGCUGCGGCGGAGGAGAGGGCGGCGCUGGAGGGAAAGAGCGGCGCGGGGCAGUCCCUGGCGGAUCAGUCCCAGGCCGAGGCAUCAGGAGCAUACGACAUGUCAGUGGGGUCAGCAGUGGGGUUUGUGGUGAUGUCGUCUGUCAUGCUGCUGCUGCUCUUCUUCCUCAUGUCGCCUCUCGUCUUCUACAUCAUCCUCACACUCUUCUGCGUCGCCGCUCUCGAGCUGCUGCUGCUCUUCUUCCUCAUGUCGCCCCUCGUCUUCUACAUCAUCCUCACGCUCUUCUGCGUUGCGGCGCUAGAGGUGAGGAGUUGUUACUUUCUUCUGCAGUGCCCUGUUCUCCUCCUGUUGCCCCUUCAAGUCGACACAAUAGUCUCCCUGCUCUUCUUCCUCAUGUCGCCGCUCGUCUUCUACGUCAUCCUCACACUCUUCUGCGUCGCGGCGCUAGAGUCGCUCCAUGUGUGCCUCUCCUCGCUCCUCCACAGGCUCUUCCCACUGCAAUCGCCUCACGGCAUCACUCUCCCCCUCCUCGGCUUCGUCUCGUGGCUCUCCCUCUCCUCCUUCCUGCUCUCCCUCGCCCUCACCAUCACCUGGGCCAUCUUCCGCAACCACCCAGACGCAUGGGUUGCACAGGAUAUCCUGGGCAUAGCGCUGAUGAUCACUGUGCUGCAGGCAGUGCGACUGCCCAACAUCAAGGUGUCCACAGUGCUGCUCUCCCUUGCUUUCUUCUACGACAUCUUCUGGGUCUUCAUCUCGCCGCUAUUCUUCAAUGGAAAGAGCGUCAUGAUUGAGGUGGCAACAGGGGAGCGCACCGGGGGAGAGGGCAUACCCAUGCUGCUCAAGGUGCCUCACAUAACGGACCCAUGGGGGGGUUACUCCGUGCUGGGCUUUGGAGACGUCGUGCUGCCGGGCCUGCUCAUUGUCUUCACCAGAAGAUAUGACUGCAUUACCAAGAAGAUGGGCAUGGACGGGUAUUACCUGCCUGCAAUUAUCGGCUAUGCAGUGGGCCUGCUGCUCACGUUUGUGGGGCUGCUUUUGAUGAGCGGCAACGGACAGCCAGCACUGCUUUACCUUGUUCCUUGCACUCUUGGGGUGAUUGUGCUGUUGGCGUGGCGGAGAGGGGAGCUCAGUGCUCUCUGGAACCGAGGAGAAGAGAGCUCUGAACCCAGGGUGUCUGAGGACGAGGAGGAGCCUCUGGUUGGAUCUGGCACUGCUCGCACUACCUUUUCUCAAGGCAGAAGAAAUGAUGUCCUGCAAAGGUCUUCAUAG